AUGUAUCUACGGGCCCUACUGAUGUUUUCACUUAUGGGCCUUGCAGAAGCUUCAAAUCGUUUUUCGGAGCCAGAUUUUAAAUCUGCUAAUUUCGCAAAGGCGAUAAACGAUCAAAAACUCAACGGGAGUGUCCUCAGAGACUUUGAAGUAGCAUCUGAAAUAUCUUGUCAGUUUGAAUGUGUCUCUGAAGAUCGAUGUUUGUCAUACAACUUCCUUCCCAUCCACGAUAAGGAGACAAGUAGAUGUCAGCUAAGUGGCUCGGACCGAUUUGUGAGUCAGGUGAAUUUUACAAAAGAGGAUGGAGCAUUAUAUCGAGGAAUACAGAGCACCUGCGAGGAAGAUGAUCCUUGCAAGGAGAAUGAAACUUGUGUUGCUAACUACAAAUCAAACACUCAUGUUUGCAAGUGUAUUAGAGAUUGCCCCAAGAACUGUCUAGACUAUUAUCAAAAUGGUUCCAAAACUGACGGUGUGUACUGGGUUUACCCUGAUAAAGAAGAACCCUUUCAAGUGCUGUGUGACAUGACAACUGAUGGUGGAGGAUGGACCACCUUUCAAAGGCGCAUGGAUGGCUCCGUAGACUUUUAUGUCGACUGGAAAUCAUACAAAAAAGGCUUUGGAAAUCUGGAGGGCGAGUUUUGGCUCGGAAACGAUUAUCUUCACCGUCUGACUGCAUCUGCCAGCAUGGUGUUUCGAAUUGAUAUGGAGGAUUAUGAAGGCGACCGAAGAUUUGCAAAGUAUACGACUUUCGCUGUGGCCGGCGAAAGCGAUAAUUAUCGGGUGACAAUCGAUGGAUACCGAGGUACCGGAGGCGAUGCAUUGCUAUCUCUCAAUAAGCCUAUCAGAAACAUGAGGUUUACAACGAAAGACAAAGAUAACGACGUUAAAAGCAGUGGAAACUGUGCGUUAAACAAUAAGGGUGGCUGGUGGUAUAAUAGCUGCCAUAACGCCAAUCCAAAUGGUUUGUAUAAAGGCGGAGGUAACGCACAAGGUAUUACGUGGGGGUCAUUUCGAGGACAAGGAUAUUCUUUAAAGCACACCGAGAUCAAAAUUCGACCAGCAUGA